UCACCUUCUUUAGAACAUGGGGACCUGUGAAUUGGGCGGGGUUAGGGUAUAGCUCAUGUGGAAGAGACUCUGUGCUACUGACUCCAGAGGAAAGCCCUGGCCUGUCUGGGACCUGGGGUUGGAGAAGGCUAGGAGAGAGGUUUCUAUAGUAAACAAGUAUACAAUAAUAAAGGAGAGGAAAGAGAAACAGCCAGGUGGGGAGCCGGGUGUGAGCGAGGACAUAUGGCUGCUCUCUACAGAUUCCUCAGCGGCUCAGAGAAGACCAACGGCACGUCGGUGAGAUCCCCAGAACAGUGGGCCCUCAACUGUACCUUCUCCCCUCCGAAGAUGACAGGGGCACUACUCAUGUCCUUGGUCAGCUGCCUCAUUGCCAUCAGUCAGGCCAACCUCAUCAAUCGCUGUGACUUGGCCAGAGUGCUGCGCAAGGAGGACUUGGAUGGGUUUGAGGGCUACUCCCUGAAUGACUGGCUGUGUCUGGCUUUUGUGGAAAGCAACUUCAACAUAUCAAAGGUAAAUGAAAAUGCAGAUGGCAGCUUUGACUAUGGAAUCUUCCAGAUCAACAGCCAUUACUGGUGCAACGAUUACCGGAGUCAUUCGGAAAACAUUUGCCACGAGGACUGUCAAGACCUACUGAGCCCCAAUCUUCUCUCAACCAUCAGCUGUGUGAAAAAGAUUGUGUCUGGAGCAGGGGGGAUGAAGAACUGGGUAGCAUGGAGGUUGCACUGUGCAGGCCGUCCACUCUCCUACUGGAUGACAGGAUGUUUCUUGGGAUGAGACAGGGGGCAAGGCUACUAUGGAGUCAUUCCAUAGCUCCUCUUCUCACUCGGGAAUUCUUCACUUCUUCCUCUUGUCUCCACCUCACAUUAUUUUCUUUCAUUCCCAUUUACAAAUAAAAAUGACCAGAGCUCCAGGAAUAAAUAGUUUUUUCGGGGUUCCUCCUUCUACCCAUCCGGGCCCAGGCAUCUUGUUCCUGACUGUCAUUUGCAAACCCAGAGGAGCACAAUGAAGAAAUUGUUAUAUUUUGGGAAUUAUUAAAGCAUUCCUUG